ACCUCCUCCACUCUAUAUAUAAACCCCCUCCCCACCUCCAACUUUCAGACCAACCCACAACAACGCCUGCUAUCUAGCUGCUCUCUCUCACUCACAGUUUCACAAUUUCACAAAACAGAAUUCUAAGAGAUCGAUGAAGAUGAGCAGUACUACUGCCGCCAUGGGAGGCUCCAAGAGAAGGCUGUCGACCAGAGGACUUGGAGGGGCCCUCAGAGAGCAGAGGGCUCGCCUCUACAUAAUAAGGAGAUGUGUCGUCAUGCUCCUCUGUUGGCAUGAUUGAUUGAAGAAACCCCCCAGCCAGCCUAGCCUAGCCUAGCCUAGCCUAGCCUAGCCUGCACGGCAACAAGGAUGAAAGCUUCUUCUUUUUUCUUUUUUUCUUUUUCCUUUCAUGGUGGAGUGUAAAUAGCAGCGGCGGUAGCAAAUUUUGUAUCAGUUUGGCCUUAAUUGCUAGAUGUACAUCGGAUAUAUAGCAUGAUGAAUUGAAACUCAAAUUUUGUGA